GCAUUCCCCUAUACAUCCUCACCAGUACCAGAAGCAAAUCUAGCUAUCUCAUUGCCACCCUCUCCCCGUGAGCCCACCACCACAACUGCACCUUAGUCCGUCGAGAUGGCUCGCACUGCAGCAACCAAGCUCGCGCUGGUCGCCCUGGUGGCGGCAAUGCUCCUCGUAGCCGCCGACGCGGCCAUCACCUGCGGCCAGGUGAGCUCUGCCUUGGGCCCCUGCGCCGCCUACGCAAAAGGCAGCGGCACCAGCCCUUCUGCGGGCUGCUGUAGCGGAGUCAAGAGAUUGGCCGGCUUAGCGCGGAGCACCGCCGACAAGCAAGCUACGUGCAGGUGCCUCAAGAGUGUCGCCGGCGCGUACAACGCCGGCAGGGCCGCAGGCAUCCCCUCCAGGUGCGGCGUCAGCGUCCCCUACACGAUCAGCGCCAGUGUCGACUGCUCUAAGAUCCACUGAUCGAACACGUGCUCCCCAUAUCUCCAGCGAUCGACGCUUGGUAGGUUGAGGUCACAUACACAUAUAUACAUAUACAUGAAUAAAUCCUCUGUUAUGAUCUCCAUGAGAGAGAGAGGGGAGGACGUACGCUGAGCCAGCUCUACAUGGCCGCUCACUGUUGUAUCGGUUUUGUAUCAGUGUUUGAUUGUUUGUUCACUCCCUUUGAGGAGACACAUACGGGAGUUUGCUGUACGUUGUACCAUGGGCACUUAUGGUAUAUGGAUUAUAAAUUAAUCUAGCUCUAUUUGGUUAA